UGUUAUUUCAUUUCACGCGAUUGCAACGUGUUAAUAGAAGCAUGUUAUUUUAUAUAUAAAUAUUAUUGUUUUUGCGCUGAUUCAUAUUUCACAUAUUUUUAUGCGAAAUAUGUGCAUAUUUUACAUUAGUUUUAUUCAAGUGCAGUUCUAAUUUUAAUGUGCGUGAAUGCAAAUUUUUUAUUAUCUAUAAUAAUUGUUGUGUUGAAAUGCAGUGCGAGGCAGACAUAUACAAAUAAUAUAAACAUGUGCUUCGAAUGAAAUGUGAUAAGAUUUAUUGGUGCUACUGUCACAAAAUGGUUCUUAGUUAAAUUUCGGAUACCGUAAACAAUUCUGAGAUGCUUGUACCAUUGUUUCCUUUGCUGAUAUUACUCCUAGCCACCUGUUGUUCAUGUCAUGGGCGAAUAGAUGAAGAGCUGAGGCCUGUUCAGCCUCCUGAAAUACCCACAUCAACCACUGCUACAACUUCUACCACCACAAGCACAAUUGGUUUCUCAUCGAGAAGUUCGGCUCGUUCCCAGUCCGAAAUGGAUCUAGACUGUUUUCAUGUACCAGAGGAAGUGUGCAAAGAUGAGUUGCUGUGGAAGGACAAUGAUGACAACGCGCCUAAAAGCAAAUGCCGAAGGAUGGACAAUAUUCCGGAAGCUGUAGUAUGCUGCAAUGUUACUAGAUUUACAUUGUUGGAGAGUUUGUCAUUAGCGGGUCUAAAUGGUUCUAACAAGAUACGAGCGCUCCAUGUACGCAAUGCAACUAUGGAGUCAUUAGAUCUGUCUGAACCUAGAUAUAAACAAUUAACUUCAAUAUCCAUCACUGAUGGUAAUAUCACCAAAUUGGCAGGAGAAUUUACAAAAAUGACAUCUGUUACAUGUUUAAAUGUGUCCAAUAACAAUAUAAAUAGCAUAGAACCAAGAGCAUUGUCUAAUUUAUAUGAUCUAGUUAUGCUGGAUUUGUCUCAUAACAACCUAACAAGAAUGCCCAAUUUUAGGAAGCCGGAGAAAAAUUUUACAAUUGAUAUUAUGGGCAAUGACGGCAUGCUAUGUAAGAGUGUCACUGAAACUAUGAAUAAUACCGGUCCAGGGGGUGCGAUCAAUUUUAAUCAUGUCAAUGAAACAUUUUGCGCGUCAUCGUUGAAGUAUCAGUGGUUCAACAGUACUGAAAUGAUAACUCUUCGAAAUGUGUUGUUUGCGCAUCAGCUUGAAUCUGAAUGUAAGAACAUCCUAAAUCAAUCUAAAAACUAUGUUCCAUGUACAUGCCAACCAUCACGUAUGGACAUGGUACAAGGUCGACCAGCCACUCUUUCUGUAGGAGUUGACUGUUCAUAUAGAAAACUGACAUCGUUGCCCGAACAUUUACCUCCAAAUACUUAUAAACUAAACAUUACUGGUAAUAAUAUUACAAGUCUUUCUGCAUUGAAUGAUGAUCCUAUUUAUCAGUAUAUUCGCGAACUAAUCGCAAAAGAUAAUCAAAUAGAAUCUAUCUCUGAACUGGAAGGAACGAAAUUUAUGGAUAAUUUUGUGCUUCUGGAUUUAAGUAAUAAUGCAUUAAAAACUAUUCACGCUUAUAUUUUAUCAAAUUCCUUUGAUAGAAAUAAUGAUCGUAGGAAAGUUUUUCUGGGAGGUAAUCGCUUACAUUGUGAUUGUAAUACUGCAAAAGUUCUUAAGGUAUGGCUGUUAGGGAAAAGAAACUUCAUUCCUGAUUAUAAUGCAAUUGAAUGUGGAAAUUCUCCUUCUAAAGUUAUAGACUUGGCAGAGAGCAAAAUGUGUCAAUCACUUAGAGAUUGGACUGAUUAUAUAUACUACAUUAUAGCAGUUGAAGUUAUGUUACUUGUUUGUUUAAUCUUAAAAGUUACAUAUGACUAUUGGAUAUUCAAAACAGCUGGAUAUUUGCCUUGGCCAGCUAACAAAAUGCCCAAAUUGCCAUGUGAUUGGUUAUGUGAGACAUAAUUGAUUUAUAUGUAAGCUUUCUUUUGCCUUAUAUCAAUG